AUGAACGAGCUACUGCGGGACAAGGGUUUCUGUGUACUUUUUGGUGACUCUUCGUCACACACUGCUGGGCUCAUAUUUUCCCCGCCCACUCAAACUACACUCGGCCGGCGCAAUCCUCCCCUGUGCCAAAUGGCGAAAUCGAACAGCCGCAACCCGGGCGGGACGCCGCCCGUCGGUGCCGUCGAGGACAGCAAGCGAGUCAAGCGAUGGGCGCCGCGAGCCAAGACAGGCUGCGUGACCUGCCGCCGUCGCAAGGUCCGAUGCGACGAGGCGAAGCCCAUAUGUGGCAACUGCGUGGCCACGCGACGGUACUGCGGCGGCCCGUACUAUCAGGACUCGGCGCAGGCGACUGAGAUAAUCAAAACGAUGGCGGUCGUGAUCCCGCGUCUGCGAGAGACUGCACCCAAGAGAUGGGACGUUGUAGAGGCGUUCGAGUAUCUCGGUCUAUAUGCGAUACCACAUAGCACCGAAAUGGAUGUCAUGGCUCUUCGGCCGGCAAAAUGUAUCGAAUUGUAUGGGUGUCGUGCUGUCAACGUACUGCGCUCAGCCCUAGCACGCUACAUGGAACUCGAGACUUAUGAGGGUAAUUUUCUAGAAUAUCUACUGAAGAAGCGACUAUUUGAGAGAAUAUGCGAUCUGAUGGAGGCCGAGCACAUCUUAUGCUUGGACGGCUGGCGCGCCCACUUUGAUGGGUACUUUGCACUACUGAUCAUGUUUGGGAUUCCGAAAAAUAUACCAAAGGAUAACCCGGUCUUUGUCGACAUGCUCCGAUCCAUGACCGUAAACGCAAUUGUUGGCAACAGCGUGUGCAGAGUCGACAAGCAAUUGCGUAAAAUAUACGAAUUUGACGACACCGAACUUGUCAACCUUUUUGGGGAGACGUGCUUCGUGCCCUUCCCCUGCCCGAAAGCCAUAUUUGCCGAGAUCGCGGCCAUCAACCGCCUUAGACUUAUAGCCUCGACAUGCAAGAUUAGCGCUAUUUUGCCGGAGGCCAACGCCAUCUUUGGGCGGAUCAACUCUUUCGAUCCUGAAACCUGGAAGGACACGGCCGAUUUCGAAAUACCAGACACCCCGGAAGUGGUUUUGGUCGCCAAGAUAUUCCAGCUCGCGGUCAGCUUAUACGGCAUACUGGCACUGGGGCUGGAACAUGCCGACGCAAGCGCGCCCAAUUGGCCUGACAAGAUUACAACCACUGCCGAGAUGAUUAUGCUUAUGCAAAAGACGCUGAAGUCGCCAAAGUGUGUAGCCGUCAUGACCUGGCCUUCAGCCGUCGCAGGCGUCGCGGUCGCCGAUGGCCCAGAUGCGAGCCGGAACCUUAUUCUCGACAUCCUAGUUCGGAUCGAUUCCGAUGUGCUGGCGUAUGGUAUAGCGGCGCAUACGAUUGAGCGACUCCAAACAUUCUGGCUUACAAAGAAGACGGGCUGGGAAGAUUGCUGGAACGACUUCUACCUCCUGUGGUAA